AUGUCCUCACAAAAAUCUAAAGAAGUACGUCGUCUUCUCUCCACGACCUUGCAGAAACGUCAGCAAAAAGCUUCAAGCUCAGUUGCUUCAAGAGUGAAUCACCCUUUUGCUAAAUAUGACGACAGUAACAAGCUCAUCUGUAUUGCAUGUUCCAUUCAGAUUAAAAAUUCUGCAUCCUGGAACACACACUUGAUCAGCUUGGGUCACAAGGAGUCCUUAAAAAGACUAAAAGGUGCAAAGGAAAAAGUAGUGGAUUCUUCAAAUGCCAAUAAAGACGGAAACAAAAUAAAAAGUACCAUUCUUCCCUUUAAUGCGGUCAAAAAAACUGGCGCGGAAAAUGUGAUUACUUUAUUAUCCGAAAACGAUAAGAAGAGGACAAUAGAGACAGAUGUAAAUGAUGACAAUAUCAAGGAAUUGUUAGUCGAGUAUGGUUCUGAUGAGGGUGGUGAGGAAGACGAACAG